UAUCAACGCAAUGCACGCUUGUAGCUAACAGAAAUACAUGACCAGUUGUUUAGAUUGUACUACAUAGAUGAGAUCAAUCGACAACUCAACCAACCAGCUUGUGUUUACAAUUUUCUGUUUUGGUGCCUCUUAGCUCGUCUUUUUAUAUUUAAUAAUUUUAAUGUUUGAAACCAUGGAUAACCUCAAACAGCAGGUUAUGAUUAAUCAGUUCGUUUUAGCGGCAGGGUGUCACGCCGAACAAGCGAAACAGUUACUACAAGCCGCACAGUGGCAAUUCGAGGCAGCAUUAAGCAUGUUUUUUCAAGACGCAUCUAUACCCAUUUGCAGAACGUGUAAUGGGAACCACACACACAACGGAAAUUAUCCGCUGUGUACUCCAGCGAACACGCCCGCAACACCGCCCAACUUCCCGGAAGCCCUGAACGCCCUCUCUCGACUCUCCACCUCUGACAAGUUUGGCUCCGGCUCUUACACAUCGUCUGCCUCCCCCCAGUCGGCCGCACCCGCUCACUCACCCAGCAACAUGGAGGUGGAAGCUCAUCGCUGACCCGUCGCCAUCGUUACGGUUGCCCAACUUGAGAAACUAUCCUUGUCGUGACAUUGUGUUGGGUUGUUGUGCUCGCAGCUCAGCACAGGAAGGGAUUAUUUGGGAUUUUGUCGUGUGACAGACGGACACACAAACAGACAAAUAGUUUUCCAAUCAUCAUAUGGACAAUACAACUUAUAGUCAUAGUGCUGGUUACGUAUUUGCUAACAAUUUGGUUUUUCUGUAAUUGCUUUUUUUUAUUUGAAGUUUUAUUUUAUAUGUGUUGUAUUAGCCAUAUUGUUGCAGCAUGUCCAUUGUAGCUAAGUACCUGCUGUAUGUAUAUAUAUAUAUAUAUAUGUGUAUGUGUGUGUGUAUAUAUAUAUGUAUGUAAAUUAUACACUAUAUAUAUAUAUAUAUAUAUAUAUAUAUAUAUAUAUAUAUAUAUAUAUAUAUAUAUACGUUUGUAUAUAUAUAUACCAACAUGCGUGGUACAAGUUUUAUUUGAUGACGAUCCCAUCAGUUCCUCUUCACACAUUCAGUGCAUGUUAAGAUGACUGUACUGGGAAUGUGAUGGUGUCACACUGGUCUGGGUGUGUGUGUUGGGUGUAGUGAUAGCAUAGAGAAACCAGGACUUAUAGACCAGUGUGUGUCCACAUUUCUAUGUGUACAUGUAUACUAUGUCACUAUCUAUAUAUAGCUGUGUAUGUGUCUCUCAGAGUUUUUGCUGUAAAUGUGUUUGUAUGUGUUACUGUGAAUGAGUGUGUAUGUUUAUUUUUCACUGUAUGUGUAUCGCUGUUUAAUAAUGAGAACGGUAUGUGACAUUGUCAUGAUGUGAUUGUGUUCUUGUGUAAUGGUGUGUAUCAGCGUGCUUGUAUCACAAUGUAUAAUGAAGUAUGUGUGUCACAGUGUAAUGGUAUGUGUGUGUCACUAUAUAGGUGUGUGUAUAUGAAAUGGUGUAACACUGUGUAAUGGUGUGUAUACUAUGUAACACAGUGUUUAUGUGACAUUGUGUAAUGUGUAUGUGACACUGUGUAAUGCAGGGAAUGAUUGUUUUAAAAAAUCUUGAUUAGUGAUAUUUCUAGUCAAUUGAUAAUUGAUUAGCAAUUAAUUAUUUUAAGUUGUGUAGCAAUCUGUGAAAUUUCCAUAGCGAAAAGUGAUGCGAUACUGAACAAAAUGUUCCCUGUAAUGGCAUGUGACACUGUGUAAUGGUGAGGGCAGGACGUAAAGCUAAUGUGUGUGUGACACUGUGUACUGGUGUGUAUGUCACACACAUGGUGUGUGUGUUACACUAAUAGUGUGACAUUACUUGUGUGUAUAUUACACUGUGUAAGGGUGUGUAUGUGACACUGUAUAAGGGUGUGUGUAUGUGACACUGUGUACUAGUAUGUAUGUGACACUGUAAUGGUAUGUUUGUGACACUAAUGGUGUGUAUGUGACACUAAUGGUGUGUAUAUUACACUGUGUAUUGGUGUGUAUGUGACACUGAGUAAUGGUGUGUAUGUGACACUGUGUAAUGGUGUGUAUGUGACACUGUGUAAUGGUGUGUAUGUAACACGCCUGGUGUGUGUGUGACACAGAGUAAUGGUGUGUAUGUGACACUGUGUAAUGGUGUGUAUGUAACACGCCUGGUGUGUGUGUGACACAGAGUAAUGGUGUGUAUGUGACACUGUGUAAUGGUGUGUAUGUAACACGCCUGGUGUGUGUGUGACACAGAGUAAUGGUGUGCAUGUGACACUGUGUAAUGGUGUGUAUGUAACACGCCUGGUGUGUGUGUGACACUGAGUAAUGGUGUGUAUGUGACACGGAGUACUGGUGUGUAUGUGACCCUGUGUAAUAGUGUGUGUGACACACAUGGUGUGUGUGUGACACUGAGUAAUGGUGUGUAUGUGACACAGUAAUGGUGUGUGUGACACACACGGUAAUGGUGUGUAUUUGACAUGGGGUAAUGAUGUGUAUGUGACACUGUAAUGGUGUGUAUGUGACACUGUGUAAUGGUGUGUAUGUGACACUGUAAUGGUGUGUGUGUGUGACACUGUGUACUGGUGCGUAUGUGACACUGUGUACUGGUGUGUGUGUGUGUGUGUGUGUGUGACACUGUACUGGUGUGUAUGUGACACUGUACUGGUGUGUAUGUUAAUGUAUGUCGAGGUACUAGUUACUCAGGAGUGUAACCCGGUGUGUGGCGAGAUACUAGUUACUCAGGACAUUGAUUUCUGUUUCUGUUUUUUCCUCGCCCUCUCUGUGUAGCCCCAUAACGGCACGCAGAACUAUUUUAUAUUUUGAUACUCUAGCCUGAUGGCUACUUAUCAUGUUGUUCACAGACAUUAGGCAAUGUUUCUAAGUGUGUUUGUUCAUGCAGCUAGUAAGGUAUGUUUUAUAAUGAAUAGAGUGUAUUGUUAUUAUGUUCGGAGAGUUAUGGAAAUCAUAUUACUACAGAAAAUCAAGCAGUUAAGAUUGUUUUGUAGAAACAGACUUAGAUACUGAUACAUAACUACAGUCAAAUAAGUUAUGUAACUACACAAAACUGGGAAUUUGUUAAAUGUUGUAUAGAGUGGAGUUGAAUAAACGGUAUUUGAUAAACAUUUCAUAACAUUGAGUUUGAUAAACGUUGCAUAACAUGAAGUUUAAUAAACGUUGUAUAACAUGAAGUUUGAUAAACAUUGUUUAACAUGGAGUUGGAUACACGUUAUAUAACAUGAGUUGGAGAGACAGGGAGUUAGAUAGUCAUGUUUUAAUGUCCAUGUUUUUUUAUUGUUUUUUCUCCAUUCAUUGAUCAUAGCUCAGAUUAUCUAUGACGUUCUUACGUGUACAUGUACGAAAGCUUCACUCAUUUACACAUUGUAUAAUUUUGUGGUAACUCGUCAUAUUAAAAUUGACCUACCCCCA